AUGGCGACGGCAAGAAAAGGGAGAGAGCUUUUUACUAUUUUGGAAACUAGCGCCGACACAGAAAGUAGCACGGUGUGCGACAGCCAGGACUCUCCGCUUAAUCUUUCGGCCGAUGUGAAGUGGUUUGAAAUUCCUUACAGAAAGCCAGACUCGGACGAGGAAGACGAAGACGAAGUGCGGGAGGAGGAGGACGGCGGCGAGGGGGAGAAUGGAUUCACGAGCACAGCAGCAGCAGCCGCGGCGGCGGAGACUGCAGACGCGGCCAGCUUCGUCGCAGGAGGAGGCUGCAACAUAAUUUUGGUCACUGGUAGUAAUGGGAUCCAGCACGACGAGGAGGAGUACGCAGAGGACUGUUAUUAUUCUACCUCCACUAACUGCUCUGAUACCAACUCAAACGAUUCGGAUAUUGAUUUCUCCGAUUUUGAGGAGGAGGAGCGCAGGAGUUUUUUCAGCUUUGAAGAGGACUCGGACUCGGACUGCACUUCUGCCGACUUCUGGGGUGAACCUGAUCAGGUAAUUUCAAUCGAACCAUUCUCUGCGGUCAGCGGCCCUCAGCACUCGCUGGGGGACGAUGCUGACACCCGUGACUAUUUCCGGAUACUCUUCCCAGAUUCUCUUUUUGAACACAUGGUAGAACAAACAAACAAAUACGCCCUCUAUCGGCAAAGGAGGAGUGGAAAAUCCGACCCCCACUGGCACCCCACUGAUAUCAGAGAGAUGAAAGCUUAUGUAGGUUUGAACAUUCUUAUGGGCAUCAAUCAGCUUCCGGACACUGGCAUGUACUGGGCCAGUGACAUUUUCAUAGGCAAUGCAGGCUUUAAAAAAACAAUGACUGCCAGGCGCUUUGAAAAGCUCACCCAGUAUCUCCAGCUGUGUGACCGUGAAACUGAGCCGGUGCGUGGAGAGCGUGGGUAUGAUGCCCUCUUCAAGCUCAGGCCUCUCCUUGAUGUGGUGGAGAACACCAUGUGGGAUGCAUACACGCCCAAUCGCUGUUUGACCAUAGACAAGUGUGCCAUUGUCAUGAAGGGACGUUUCUCCCCCACCCAGUACAUGCCCUCCAAGCCCCUGAGCAAAGGGCUCACAGUGUGGAUGCUGUGUGACUCGCGCACCGGCUACUGCCAUCGGGCCAAGAUGUACAUAGGCAAGCCCAGUGAAGACGAGGCAGCGGCCUCCCUGGGCCACAGGGUAGUGACCUCCCUUGUGCGCGGCCUGGAGCGUCAGUACCACCAUCUCUUCAUGGACAGCUUCUUCACCUCAGUGCCCCUCCUCCAGCGGCUGCUGAGGGACGGACUGUACGCCUGCGGGCCCACCCAGCCUGGGCGCAAAGGUUACCCAGAGGUCCUGCGUCCCCGUAACGUCGGAAAGCUGUCACAGGGUGAGUUCUACCAGUGUCAACGUGGCAACCUGGUUGCCACGGUGACACAGGAUGUCAAGGUGGUCAACUGCCUCUCCACUAACUCUGCUCCUGGGAUCGUGGGCAUCAGUCCGGGUCGGCAGCAGCUGGAGACAGACGGAGAGGGUGAGAGUGAAAGCAUGAACUGCUCAGGUUUGUCCUUCGGUGUACCUCGACCUCUGCCCUUGCUGUUGUACCAGGAGAACAUGAAGGGCGUUGACCUUUGUGACCAGCUGAGAGAGUGCUACCAGGUUGGCAGGCCAUGUAAGAAGUGGUGGCGCUAUUUCCUGUGGUUCUAUGUCAAUCUGUGCAUCGUCAACGCCUACAUCAUCCUGAGGGAAAGCCGAGGGGGCACGCCACCGGCUGGCUUCAACGGCAAGCAGUUCACUCAGCGCCACUUCCGGGUGCGCCUGGCGCAGCAGCUGAUUGGAGACUACCAGGGGGCAAGGGGCAUGGAGCGGGCAGCACGCAAGAGACACGCAGAUUCCCCCAUAGAGUACGGACACCGCCUGGAGCGCAUGUCAGAGCGCUCUCGCCGCUGCAGGAACUGCACCAACAAGGGACUGCGUCAUGAAAGUGUAUUCGGCUGCAAGAUAUGCAACGUCCACCUAUGCAGGGGAGGGUGCUUCUCUGAGUUUCAUAAAUAA